UCACCAGGACUCAAGCGCUAUGAGCUCCAUCCCAGCACCGAGUCCUGGAACGCAGAACUGCAGACACACACUGCUCCAGCUGUGGCUCCAGACACGUUUCGUUUAAGCGUUGAGAUCGUGAUCUUCGGUUUUGUUAAGUUCCUCUUUCGUCCCUUUUGCGCUCUUGCUUCACAGACUGUUCGGUGAUAGAGCUCUUUCGUCCACCUUUUCUCAACGAAUAGUGACGUUUUUUACUUUUCCCUUCGUUCAGGAAUCAGCGUGUGCUGUGUGACUGGGCCAUAAGAUUGACCUGUUUAAAUUUUCAUCUGUUUGGAUUAAAGUUUUAACUUAAACUAAUUAACUUUAUUUAAGGCAUUUAUCUGUUGAACUGGUUCAUAUGCAUGUGAUACAAAUUGGAGUUAUUCAUGAUAAAUGCAUAAAUCUUAUGUAUUAAACACAUUGUUUAUUAGCAGCCUAUUACCUAAAUCUCAUUUACCCCUUUCAUUUAUACUUUAAUGUUAACCUCAUGUUACAAUUAUUAAUUUUUAUAUUAAAAUAUAAUCAAAAUGGCUGGAAAUUGUAUUUAAUUAAAAUGCAUAACUUGGUUGUUGGCACAUAUCUUAAUUUUUUUUGUGUCUGGGUUUGAUACAUUUUUUUUUAUUAUUAUUAUUUUAUUUAAUUUUUGGGGGUUACUUUAGUCAUGGUCCAUGCAUUGAUUGCCUGAUUUGAAUAUCUUGCCUUACAGCAUGAAAGAGAGCUAAUGUAAUAUUUAGUAUACUGGUACUAUUAUAUUAACAGUAUCAACAAGCAAAAAUGGGACACACUGUGUGAUACUGUUUGAAUUACUCUGAUUUCACGUGUUAAUAGCAUUUUUUAUGUUUUUUAUUAUUUAUUUAAUGAAAUUAGGCACACCUGUGCAGCCAAUAUGCCAGGUUUUCUUCAUUUUCCCUUUUAAAUGUAUUUAUUUAUUGAAGGGUGUGGUUUAUAGUUGUUUCAGCUGGAUAACUUAUCUAUUUUCAUCAUUUCCUGGUUUUCCUGGGUAACAUGCAGGUUAACGUCAUAACAGUUACGAACUGUGGGCAGUUCGCUGAGCCCACGUCUGCACAAAUGCAGAGUUACAUAAAGUAGGCAAAAUGUUUGCUGAAGAGCCUUCAUUCCCUUUACAGUUUGACAGUGGGACAGCCCUAAACCCUCACCCACUUGGCAUGAAUGCGCUUCAAAUUCUGAGUCUGAGGGAAGAUUUUGGGAUUAGGCCACAGACUGACUGCUUUGUUCAUGUAAAUGCGCAUUUCCUGCUUUUUCUCUGCACACAACUACUUGAAUGUCACUUUAACUCUAAAGUAAAUGUUAGUCACAUUUUGUAAAGUAGCCUGACAAUUACGACUGCCAACUGCAGAUGAAAUUUUAACUUGCAUACGCUGAAAAAAAUGGUAGUAUAUGCAACCAUUUUUGCUUACACUCUGGAUCCCUGGUAAAACUUUAGUUGUGAUUGAAAGUGCAACUACAGCGAUUGAGGGGAAGUAAAGUUGAAGUUGUUGGAGCACCUCAUGUCAUGUCAGUGAUAGGGUGUGGCCAUAACACAGCACACUAAAUUUUUAAACUUUGUUGCUAGAGCAGGUAGCUUUGUGGUUGGCUACUCAUAUGUAGACUGGGUUUGAAUACUGCUCAUGCUACCUGUCUCUUUGGACAAGACCCUUAAGCUGCAUUGUUUCAGUCCACUUAGCUGUAAAAAUGGGUACCAACCUUAGCAGGGGAAGUAAAUAUGAGGCAUCAUUGUAAAGCAAUUUGAGCAUAUGCAACAUGGAAAAGCAUUACAGAAAUGCAGUCUCUGUCCUUCCUUCCUUGAAGCAGAAAGAAAGUGAUUGGCACAGAUGGCAAACAAAAGUGCUCAGAGAUCACAUUUUGAAGGAAUCUAGACAUAUGCCACACAAUCUCAACUGGAGAAGAAACACAAUUCUCACACAGGUCUACUUUGUCAGUUGUCAUUGUUAACAUUAAUUACAGCUUUUACUCUAACUAUGAGUAACUGGGAAGACUUGAUUUAUCAUAGCUUUAUUAGUCUCUAGCUACAUAGACAAUUUUCCUCCCUGGAAGUUGGAAAUUCAGAGUUCCCAGUUUCCAUCAAAUAAAGCAUGAGCUCACAUCUUGGUCAUACCCUUCUUCCUUCAUGUCAUUUGCAAUAUCUAAUGGAGCAAACAUAUCUGCCAUGUAACCCCCCCCAAAAAAAAUUACUUUUCUCAGCAGUAAAACUGAUCGAUUGUACUUUUGCAGUAAAGAUUCUUUGUAAUACCAGAUAUCAACACAGAGUAAGUUUUGUCAGUUUUAAGAAAAAUUGAAGGGGACUACACCUUUUACAUUUAUCAAAACGUUUAGACAGGUUUACGGUGUAUUGCACAGUUGUUGUAAAUUGCAGCAUCCACUCUGGAGGCAUAUAUGGGUAUUGAACUGUGUGGUUGUAGCUCUUGAUACAUCUUGCUUUCAAUAUCAUUUUCUUUCCCAUGAGCCUUUUUUUAUGCUUGGGAUGGGGGAGGCUGUCUUUAACAGCAACAGUGUCACUGUGUUGUAGAUCAAAGAGACAAAUGUACAACCUGGCUACGGAAAUGUAACCUAGUGAGGCUUCAAGUUCAAAAUGUGAACAAACCUCUGUACCGUGGGACGUUCCAUUGCUUCCAGUCCAUCGUACGCCAGGAGUCGGUGCUCGGACUGUACAAAGGGCUUGGCUCUCCGAUGAUGGGGCUGACGUUCAUCAAUGCCAUCGUUUUUGGCGUCCAGGGUAAUGCCAUGCGCAAGCUUGGAAGUGACACACCCUUUAACCAGUUCCUGGCCGGUGCUGCUGCUGGAGCCAUCCAGUGUGUCAUCUGCUGUCCAAUGGAGCUGGCAAAGACGCGCAUGCAGAUGCAAGGGACUGGAGAAAAAAAGUCCAAGAAGAAGAUGUACAAGAACUCUCUGGACUGUCUGGUGAGAAUCUAUAAGAAACAGGGAAUUCGAGGCAUCAACCGCGGCAUGGUGACCACUCUGCUCCGUGAGACGCCAGCUUUUGGUGUGUACUUUCUCACAUAUGACGUUUUAACCCGUUCGCUAGGCUGCGAGCCAGAAGACCCAUUCAUGAUCCUAAAACUGCUAUUUGCCGGUGGAAUGUCUGGCAUCGCCUCCUGGCUCUCCACCUACCCCGUGGAUGUGAUCAAGUCACGUUUACAGGCUGACGGGGUGGGAGGGGUCAAUCAGUACAGCGGCAUCAUGGAUUGUGUGAGACAGAGCAUACAGAAGGAAGGGUGGAGAGUGUUCACGCGUGGACUCACAUCCACUUUGCUCCGUGCGUUUCCGGUGAACGCUGCCACGUUUGCCACAGUGACUCUGUUCUUAAACUACAUGCGCGACGGGCAGGAGUGCAGCAUCCAGGACUCUGAGCAACAGGACGUCCCACUGUAGCCUCAAGCAGCGCCAACUAGCUUGUAUCCCUCGGAGGCGGGCUAACUACAUGUGUCGGAAAAUCCUUUUUGCCGCGUGUGCGGAUGUGCAGAAGAAAUCCACUGUAAUGAUCUGUCCAUGGAGAAUCAGUCUCUGGAACUUCAGCUGGUAUUUAAAAUCUUGAAGACUACAGCAGCAAACGUACCUUUAUGGUGUCCUUUUUUUUUUUUUAAGGCAUUUCUUGUGUAGUUUUUAAAAUUUUGAAUAAUAAAAAAUGUUUAUAAGAGUUACUGUAACAAAGUGACCAUUUCUGUCAAAGAAACACUGUAUAUGAUGUGUUUGGCUCAUAACAGGGCACAUCUGGAAUCUAUGUUACCGUCUUCAUUAUCUCAACGUGCAUUAACUUGUAACGUGCAAGUGCUUCUUGAUCCUACUCCUGUGGACAUCAGCUUUCAUCUCUUCCUCCUCUGCACUCAUAGAAAAGCCAAAUGAAACCUGAGGACAGGAUGAACACGGCACGUCUGUGACAUUAUAACCAUUUUGACUGUUACUUUUUGCAAGCUCGUUUAAUGACACUGCUUUAACACAAUGUCACAAAAGGUUACAAAGAGGAAAAAAAAAAUCUUUGCACGUGUACAGUAUAUGAGUGGAGUUUUACUUUAUUUUCCUUCUGGGGUUGAACUUUGUUGUGAAGGGUUAUAAGAAGAUGUAAUGUUUAAUAAAGAUAAAGGUUAUAAUGCCC